AUCUCUCUCCCUGGUCUCUACCAGACACUCUGCUUUGAAGACGGGGCACUUUGGCGUACUUAUUAUCAUCACUCGAUGUGUGAGCAGGAGUUUCCAUCAAUUCUUGCAAAGAAGGUUUCCUUAUUUCAGCAGGUUCUUGUAGUUCAGGCUCUGCGGCCAGACAGACUGCAGAGUGCCAUGGCUCUGUUUGCCUGCAAGACUCUGGGGUUGAAGGAGUUAUCCCCUCUUCCUCUGAACCUCAAACGCUUAUACAAGGAGACACUGGAGAUUGAGCCCAUUUUGAUCAUAAUCUCCCCGGGGGCUGACCCUUCUCAGGAACUUCAGGAACUUGCUAAUACUGAAAGAAGCAGCGAGUGUUAUCACCAGGUUGCUAUGGGUCAAGGUCAAGCUGAUUUAGCAAUUCAGAUGCUAAAAGAAUGUGCCCGAAAUGGAGACUGGCUCUGUUUGAAGAACUUACAUCUUGUGGUGUCUUGGCUUCCAGUUCUGGAGAAGGAACUGAAUACUCUUCAGCCUAAAGAAAGCUUUCGUCUGUGGCUUACUGCAGAAGUUCAUCCCAACUUUACCCCCAUAUUACUCCAGUCAAGUCUGAAGAUAACGUAUGAGUCACCCCCAGGUUUGAAGAAGAAUUUGAUGCGCACUUAUGAAUCUUGGACUCCUGAGCAAAUUAGCAAAAGAGAUAACGUACACCGAGCUCAUGCUCUUUUUAGCUUAGCAUGGUUUCAUGCUGCUUGUCAAGAAAGAAGAAAUUAUAUUCCACAGGGUUGGACCAAGUUUUAUGAGUUUUCCUUAUCAGAUCUUCGGGCCGGGUACCACGUCAUUGACAGGCUCUUCGAUGGUACCAAAGAUGUACAGUGGGAAUUUGUACAUGGAUUACUUGAAAAUUCUAUUUAUGGAGGACGUGUAGAUAACUAUUUUGAUCUUAGAGUUCUUCAGUCCUACUUGAAGCAAUUUUUUAAUUCGUCAAUAAUUGAUGUACUAAACCAAAGGAACAAGAAAAGCAUGCUUCCUUAUUCCAUCUCUCUCCCAAACUCAUGCAGCAUUUUGGACUAUCGUGCUGUCAUUGAGAAGCUCCCGGAGGAUGAUAAACCCAGCUUCUUUGGUCUGCCUGCCAACAUUGCCCGCUCUUCUCAGCGCAUGACCAGUUCUCAGGUCAUCUCCCAGCUCAGGAUCUUGGGAAGAUCAGUCACAGCCGGUUGCAAAUUUGACAGAGAAAUCUGGUCUAAUGAACUUUCCCCUGUUCUCAAUCUUUGGAAGAAGCUGAACCAGAAUUCAAACCUAAUUCAUCAAAAAGUAUCCCCUCCUAAUGAUCGACAAGGAUCUCCAAUACUAUCGUUCAUCAUUCUUGAGCAGUUCAAUGCCAUCCGCUUGGUGCAAAGUGUUCAUCAGUCACUUGCUGCCCUCAGCAAAGUCAUCAGGGGAACUACUUUACUAAGUUCAGAAGUACAAAAGCUGGCAAGUGCUUUAUUAAACCAGAAGUGUCCUCUCACAUGGCAGAGCAGGUGGGAAGGCCCCGAGGAUCCUCUUCAGUACCUGCGAGGUCUGGUAGCCCGAACCCUUGCAAUUCAGAAUUGGGUAGAGAAAGCUGAAAAGCAAGCUCUUCUCGCUGAUACGCUUGACCUAUCUGAGCUCUUCCAUCCGGACACAUUCCUUAAUGCUCUUCGCCAGGAAACUGCAAGGGCAACAGGCUGCUCUGUGGAUAGCCUUAAAUUUGUAGCAUCCUGGAAAGGUCGACUUCAAGAAGCAAAGCUGCAGAUUAAGAUCAGUGGCCUGUUACUGGAAGGCUGCAGUUUUGAUGGCAAUCGCCUUUCAGAAAACCAGCACGAUUCUCCCAGUGUGUCAUCAGUUCUUCCUUGCUACAUGGGCUGGACUCCACAGGGUUCGUAUGGUCCAUAUUCCCCUGAUGAAUGCAUUUCUUUGCCUGUUUAUACAAGUGCCGAGAGGGAUCGUGUGGUGACCAACAUUGAUGUUCCAUGUGGUGGCAACCAGGACCAGUGGAUCCAGUGUGGGGCAGCGCUGUUUCUUAAGAAUCAGUAAAUCUGAGGCAAUGCAGGAGGACUUAGCAAAGUGACAGUUACUGCAAUGCUCCACACAGAGCAUGUAGUCUGUAUUUGAAACAUUAGUUCAGAAUAUCUGCUGCUAGUUGUUCUUGUUGAUGGUCUCCUUGUGUUUCUAUUUUAAUAAAUGUGUAACACCAGCACUAUGUACCUUAAAGAAUUUCAUAUUAAAGAGGGGUAUUUUGUGGUAGGUAUUAAAUAUUUUUAUAAAGAA